AUGGCGUCUACGAGAGUGACCGUGCUGCUGGUGGUGAUAGUGGUGUUGGCGGCAACGAUAACAACGGAGGCGCAGCAGCUUCCGUCGUGUCUUCAGAAGCUGAUCCCUUGCUUUGAGUACUUAAACUACACCGGGGAGCUAGCGCCCUGUUGUGACGGGCUGAAAGAAGUGACAGCUAACGAGGUUCCUUGUCUCUGCGAGUUUGCCAGGGCUCAUGGGCUGUUGAGCUACUCCAAAGUUGUAGGCGACGAUUUGAGGUCGCCCUAUGAUCUUCCCCGGGAAUGUGGAGUCUCCGAUACCAUCCCCUGCAACGACGACAAAGACGACGACACCGACGAUGCCGCUCCUCCUCCUGUGGUGGAACAUUCUACACCAAAUGGUGCAGGGAGGAUGAUUGCGAGGACUGCAAUUUCAAGCUUGCUACUAUUCAGUGUUCUUUUGAUGAUGCUUUGAUACAUCACAAAUGUGUUGGUUCUUGGACUCCACUUACAUUUCCACACUAAUA